UCUGAAAGCAGUGCAGAAGGUCAGUGGAGGAAGCUGAGCAGCGUGGGCCACCAACGACCUGGAAGAAAUGUGAAUCUAUCCAGAAGUCGUUCUAUGGACUACCUGCCACAGAGAGAAGUUUCUGGGACCAAAGUUCUAUGUGCCCUGUUUGAGUCCAAGGCCAAUCAGCAGUACGGCAUCUCCAGCAGCCCCCAGCUGGCUGCCACUGGCAGUAAAAAUAGAGAAGACUGCUCUCUGCAGGACUGGAGAUGUAAUAAAACUCCUUUGAAGGACGCAGUCAUUCAGGCACGUGCUGUGGAAGAAAGAAAGGCUGUGAAUGGGCUCCUGGAGGGUUAUGACAGAGCGAGCAGGCACUCCCACGAAAACAAAAACCGUGCAUCAGUGAUUGAAAGGGGCACAACAGUAAAACAAGGAAGAGACAGAAUUUCAACUUCAUCCUCAGUGAGAGACAAAUCAGUUGUCUAUCUGUCCAGAGCAGCAGCUACCAACCCCACAGGAGGCUCGACCCCAGCGGAAUUCACUGGGAAAAAAGGAGCAACAGCUAAACUCAGUAAGAUGGCUGACAAACCCAGACAGGUAACAGUUUCACAAUCUGCCCAAGAUGAUGACGACCUACCUCUUCCUCCACCACCUCCUAUCCCACCUAGACCUCUUGAUUACGAAGGUCCUUCAGCGAUAAGCAGCCUCCCUGUGCCUCCACCAAAAGAAACAUUCUCGACCUUCUACCAACAGCGGCAAAAGAGUGAGCUAAAGAGGCUCUUUAAACACAUCCACCCGGAGCUGCGAGCAAGUCUCGAUGAUGUUGCAGAUGAUGAGAUAACGAAGGCAGUGCAGUCAGAAGACAGUCAGUCAGCAGAUGCUUCCUAUCAAGGAGAGGUUCAGUCCAUGAGGUGGAUCUUUGAGAACUGGGCUCUUGAUAAUAUCGGAGAUCCCCAUGCAACCAAGAAGUUGCUCGAUGAGGAGGACUUAAAAGGUGGAGAUGUAAGAGGCACCUCGUCCAUGUUUGAGCAAACUGACAGCAUGCAGCAAGUUUCAGGGGCAUUUGUUCAAAGACAAACCUCUGUCAAAGGAGAUGUGAGAACAUCGAGGUGGUUAUUUGAGACCCAGCCCUUAGAUUCCCUCAACAAAGCAAUAACAGAAGAAGGUGAGCUGGUGGAAGCUGUGCUGAAAGAACCCAUCCAACCAGGAGAUGUAAGAGGAACUCGUCUGCUUUUUGAAUCGAAAUCACUCAGUGACUUGGGCCGCUGCAACUCAAUAGAAGACCAAAACUUUCUGACACUGAAGUCUGAGGUCCACGAGCAGAAGGGAGAUGUCCAAAGAACUGUCAGAGUCUUUCAGGCAGAGCCUUGCUGUGCUAUCAGAGACAACAGUGGCAUUAUUCAUGAAGUCAAAUCCAUCUGCAGAGAGGAGAUCAAAAGCAACCAUACCCGCAGUGCACGCUGGCUUUUUGAAACACAGCCUUUGGACAUGAUAAAUAAGGGGAUGGCUGGAGUAAAAAUUAUACGGGGUAUAUCUUUGGAAGAGGGGCAGAAAGGCGGAGUUGACAGAAAAAGGUGGAUGUUUGAGACACAGUCGUUUGACACAAUCCAAGAACUCGUCGGAGUGGACAGGUUUGAAGGAGUAGCAUCUGAAUGCACAAGAGAGGGUGAUGUCAUGAAUAAACAAAAGCUCUUUGAGACACAACCUUUGGCAACACUUAAAGGAGAUAAAGCAGAACCAUCUUUGGAAAAGGAAGAAGUAAUCGGAGGAGAUGUGAAGACAUCUCUGUGGUUGUUUGAAACGCAACAAAUGGAUGCCCUAAAUGACAGCUGUCAAGUCGGGCACCUGGCAAAAAUUACUCUUUCAAAUGAUGAACACGGAGCAGUAAAGGACAAAAAGCAAGUUUAUGAAAGCAGCACCAUCCAAAACAAUAUCUCCAUCCAAGAACAACAGAUUGAAAAGGGUGAUGUUAAGAGAUUCAAACAUCUUUUUGAAACUAUUCCUCUGAGCAAAAUCACUCAAUCUGAUGAGACAUAUAUCACUAAUGAGAAGAAACAAGAAAUAGCAGUAGGAAAUGUGAAAGGCAACACAGCUUUGUUUGAAAUGACUCCUUUAUAUGCAUUAAAGGACUGCUCAGGUAAUCUCCACAAGGUCACAACAGUCAGCCGAGAGGAAUCAAUCAAAGGGAAAGUCCAAAACUAUAAAUGGAUGUUUGAAACCAAACCUUUGGACAACAUUGGACAGGAAGUGAGAAAUGUAGAGGUAAUCAAAGGCAUUACCCGAGAGGAGGAUACAAUGGGAGAUGUCAAAAUGGCAAAGUGGCUUUUUGAGACCCAGACUAUAGAUGGAAUCCAUGCCAAGUUCAACCCAUCAGAGCAAGACACAUCUGUCAAUAAGGAGACUUGCAGAGGCAAUGUCAAGACUUGUAAAUGGUUAUUUGAGACACACCCAAUGGACAUUUUGUAUGAUAAAUCGGAAAACAAACAUGAUAAAGAAAAUAUCAACAGCACCACCAGUGUCAAAUCCAUUACCUGGCUUUUUGAAUCACAGCCUCUCGACAGCAUGACAGACAAACAUGAGUACAACUUGAAGCUUUGCACCACCAUACAGGAUUCUGCUAAAUCAGAAAUUGGUGUUCAAACUGCCAAACAUCUUUUUGAAACAGAAACUUUAGACAGAAUAAGCAAAGUUGCAAAUUCAGACAAAUACGUGAGAUGCGUCAGCGAAGUCGACAUUCAAUCAGGAGAUGUAUCACGGGUCAAAGAACUUUUUGAAUCACAGUCCCUUGAUGAAAUAGGAUCAGAAAUGAUGACAGCGUCUGAUGAACAGAACCAAGAUGAACACAUUGAAAAGGGCUCAGUUCAUAAAGUUACGUGGUUGUUUGAGAACUGUCCAAUGAAUCUGAUCAAUAACGACAAUGAUGAUGCAAACACACAAAGAAGCAGUGAAGCUGAGGGCGGUGAUGUAAUCAACAAGAAGUUUAUAUUUGAAACCUGCUCACUGGACAAAAUCCAGGACCAAAACUUUGAAGAGAAGUCAGCAUGUGCCGAAAACCCUGUGACCAACGUUGAUGUGAAAUCAAGUACCAUGAUUGAGUCUCUGCCACUGUAUGCUAUCAGAGACAAGGAAGGGGAGUUUCAUGAGGUAACAACUGUGAAAAAAGAGGAGAUACUGAGUGGUGAUGUAAGGGGAGCAAGAUGGAUGUUUGAGACAAAACCCCUUGAUGCCAUCAAAGCAGAGAAUGAGGUUUACUUGAUCCGAGCUGUUACCCAAGAAGAUGCCAAGAAAGGAGAUGUUAAAUCAGCUCGAUGGAAGUUUGAGACACAACCUUUGGACUCAUUUACUGAUAAAGAGGAGCCCUCUGUCAAGGUUACAGAAGACUCUGGAAGUUGUAACGUACAGGUCAAUAAACAGACAUUUGAAUCGAACCAAUCAUCCAGGAGGUUUGUGAGAACUGUCAGUGUCACUGAUGUCCAGCGUGGUGAUGUCAGGACCUCUACAUGGCUCUUUGAGAAUCAAACCAUUGACAGUCUGAAAGGAGAGCCCCAGGAACAGAAUGUGGUAAACACAGUCCAUAGAGAAGACACCUGUAAGGGAGAUGUGAAACGCUGCACGUGGCUAUUUGAAUCACAACCACUGGACAAGAUCAAGGAGCCUGAUGACAACUCAGUACAAGGUGUUGAGGAAGCAAUUCCAAAAGCUGAUGUGAAGUGCACUACCUGGUUAUUUGAAACAACCCCACUAGACAAAAUCACUGCAAACUCUGCUUCUGAUACUCUGUCAUACUUGGAUCAGAUGAAUUUUCUCCAUUCAAGUGGUAUCAUAAUAGAAGCAUUUGAGAGCAGGAAUGUUAACAUGGCAAAAUAUCUGUUUAGAAACAAUGAAGGCAUAGAAACCCAGAAAGAAGAGGCUGUUGAGGGAAACAUCAGGAACAUCAUCUUACAGUUGUUGUUCAAACCAAACCUAAAGCCCCAAGUUACUCUUCUUAAAGAAGUGGAAAAAGGUGAAAUAAACACCUCAGUAGUGGAACUUCUGGAUUAUGAGUCAGCAUCUACAGUCAGCUUCAACAGGGAUCAAAGAAUACAAAGCAUUGUCCAAGUGAUUGAUGACCUCCUUGUUUAUGACAAGAACUCAAAAAAAGGAAUCAUAAUGCAAGAGACUGCAGAAGGACAUGCGGAAAUGUCAGUUUAUUCCCUCAUUAAAGCUGAGAGUCAUGCCAUAGAAAGGGGAGAUGUCAAGUCUACAAUUGGAAAUCUGUUAGCUACCGCCAGUCACAAGACUGCAACCACAUAUAGAGUAGAUGAAAAUGAAAAGGGAAAUGUCAACUUGUUCAAAAGUUGUAUUGAGAAAGGGGAUUUGCAAUACCUUAAGAGUCUUCAUACUGAGCUAUCCGCAGAUGAAGGAGACAGCCUUCUGACCCCCAUCGAAAUAGUACAGGGAGAUGUGAAAGAAGCAAAAAGAAGUCUCUACCAACAAAAAGAGGAUGUACAACGAACCAUUUCCGAUGUAUUGCCAGGAGACGUAAGAAACACCAAAAAAGUUUUUUCCUCUGAAUGCUCUUUCAGUGUUGAAAAGUGUAUCCCAAAGGAUGAAAUCAUCCCUGGUGAUGUCUUGACAGUGAAGCAACAGCUUGCAACAAAACAACCCGUGAUGAUGGAAAAAGAAGAAGUUGUAGCUGGUGACAUCAAAGCAACAAUGGAGUCAUUGGAACGUGCAAAGCAACAGAGCAUGUCUAUGGAGCGUGAGAUCAUUGUACCUGGAACUAUCUAUGAUAUGGACUUGUCAGCGCAAGGUCCAGAAACAGAAGGGAGUCAAGCACAAAAAGAGGUUAUUAUAUCUGGAGAUGUGAAAGCAGCGAAGAAGUCCCUUGAAAUGGCUAAGAAGCAAAGCGUGCAUGUGGACCGUGAAGCCAUUGUUCCUGGAAAAAUAUACAACUUGAAUAUCUCAGGACAAGAGGAAAGCCCUUCUCCAGUGGCACAGUCUGUGUCCUUCUCUUCCCCUAAAGGGCAACACAAUCCAAAGGUCAGUGCUGCAGACCAGAGAAGCAGUGUUUCCUUUACGGCUUGUCACCAGAGGGAAAUAGCCCAAAGUGCAGCAAUAGGUAGUAGUUGUGCAGCAGAAUCACUGCCAUCUUUUGCAAGUUAUGAGUGUAAUGGUGACAUUGUACAAGAUGAGGCAGUAGAUAUUUACAGAGGAGAUGUGAAGGCAGCAAUUAGGUCUCUACAGAGUGCAGCAACAGAGCAGAAACUACUAGAUAAAGAAGAUAUUGUAAGAGGCAAUGUACAGUUGGCCCUGCAGUCUCUUGGAAAGUAUAGCAUAAAUGUAACCAAAGGAGACUUUAAUGCAGCAAUGAUAUACAGGAAUUCAGGGAAAGCUUGUUCAGGACGGACAAAGACAGUUCAAAAGCAGUGUACUGAGGUCUGUAUGCCCCCAUCUCAUACCAAAUUGUCUCCUUCAAUUUCAGUAACCCCAGAAGAACCUCCAGCCAUUACAAGACAGAAUUCAAGACCCAAACCUCUGCUAAAGGAAAACGCUGAUCCAUCCAGUUCUGAAGGUGUAUCUUCACCUCCAGGUCCUCAAAAAACAAACAGCAACAAACCACAGGAGCAGAAGCCUGCUUUACCACCAAAGCCACAAUGGACAAAAUUAGUGAAAAUUCUGCAAACAUCUGCUCCAGAGACCCAUUUCAUCAUCAAAGACAACACAAAAAGUGAAGUGACAUCUCCUACAUGUGAUACAGAGAAGAUACAUGACCACAUAACGCAAAACCAACUAAGUAGUAAAAACAUCCAUGAAACAAGUCAUGCAGCUGAAGAAUCAAAUCAAACCAAUGAAUGUCUGCCUGCUGACUCACAAUCCAAACUGCAUACUGGAAAUCCACCAUCAUCAGAACACCACAUGGACAUGAAAAUAACUUUAAACAGCACUAAGGAGGAAGUGGAUAGAAACUUGGUUCGGAAAAUCAAUGCGGCUACAGAGAUACAAAUAUGUUCCAAGAAUAUUCCAGAAGCUGGGGCAGAAGAAAUGAGCAUGAACCUUCUGACUACUGAGCAGAACCCUGAAAGAAGGGAUUUGAACAGCAGCAACAAGACUGCUACCCAACAACAAUCAGACUGUCAGCCUCCCAACAUUUCAGCACACCGUACACAGCAAAACGACCUGAUUGAAAAGCAAAACAAGUCUGAUGGAGUUGUUUUAAGAGAGAAGAAAGUAAAGGAGUCAGAGACUGAGCGUCUACACAGGCUCUCUGUCCACAAGGAAGAAAUCAUGAAAGGAAACGUGAAGGCAGCAAUGGAGAUCUUUGACAAUUUAAGGAAACGAGAAGAGCUCAAGGAAGUCCUGAGUCAGGUGCGAGAGAUAGAAGGAGAUACCAGUAAAGUAGACGUUAGCUCCUUGAAGACAUUAUACGAGAAUGUACCUGCAUGGAUACCUGCAAGAAAUGCUAAACACCGAAAAGCAGAAGAGAAGAGAAUUGAAGUGGAAACAAAAGAUGAAGAUCUAGAGAGUAUUUCCUCAGUUGAUACUGCAUUUGAAGACCUGGAAAAGGCAAGCAAGGAAAUAAUGAAUCUAAAAGAGGAGACAUUAGCAAAACUCGCUGACAUUGAAGAGGCAAUAAAAAAGGCUUUGUACUCUGUUUCUAGUCUGAAAUCUGAGGCUGACAUUGUGGGCUUGUCAGGACUUUUUCAUGAAUCUUUAAAAUCUGAGCAACCUGCAAACAACAUAAGAAAAAUAAGUAUUGUGUCGAGCAAGACCAAAUCGGGUCAAAUCAAUGAAACAGCUGAUGCCAAAGCUGUUUCAAACACAACUUCUCCCGAACAAGGAACACAAAGAAAUGCUCACAUUAAGCCACUUGUUAGACAGUCCAGUUCCCAAUCAUCUCCGUCAUUCAUCUCCAUUCACUCGGCUGCUAGAAAGCCUGCUGAGCAACUGAAGACAAGUUCAACAGUUCAAUCAAAAACAGAGAGCAAUCCUCAAAGCAGCUGUGGUACCAAUCAGGGUCAAGAGUCUGCUGCACAACGGCAGGUCAGCAUUCUUCAGGUGAAAACGGCUCCAGACCCACCAGCAGGAGUCAUUGGUACAAAAACUGUCAGUGAAAUGUACGAAGAGACCGACUGUUUUGGAAAUGUAUUUGUUUCAUCUGUGACUUCAACCUUUGUCACCAAGCAAGCUGAAGCAAAAACACCUGGACUAUUUGAAGCGGAGCGGAGUCCAGCCAGAUAUGAAGGAAUGACAUCCAACUUCCAACAAAGAUCUCCUCACCCGUUUGAAGACCAUGUGUUGCACAAUGAGAAAGGGACAGUGUUUGUAACAUUUAGCCCAUCAGUCGAAAAGCAUUAAACUUCCCAUUUUACUUUGAUUUUAUGAAAAUGUUUGUUUCAUUUAUCAUAUCUGUUUUGUUUUGAAAUGAUGACAUUGUUGACUAUGAUGUAAAAAAAUGUUUUAUGGAUUUUAUACUGU